AUGGGUGAAGCCCAAUAUGAAAUUUGGCAUGGUAUUAGGCAACUUCAAAGUGGGUGGGCCGAUGGGCCUGGAUAUGUGACCCAAUGCCCAAUACAAACUGGGCAGAGCUUUGUGUAUAAUUUCACAGUUGUGGAUCAAAGAGGCAGCUUUUUCUGGCAUGCCCACACAUCAUGGCUAAGAGCUACUCUCUAUGGUCCCAUAAUUAUUCUCCCAAAGAAAAGUGGCCCUUCUUACCCAUUUCCUAAACCCUACAAACAAGUUCCACUCAUCUUUGGAGAAUGGUGGAAUGCAGAUACAGAAGCAGUUAUUGACUAUGCUUUGAUUAAUGGUGGAGGCCCAAAUGUGUCAGAUGCCUAUACCAUAAAUGGGCUUCCAGGCCCAUUGUAUAAUAGCUCAACUGAAGAUACAUUCAAGUUGAAGGUGAAGCCAGGAAAAACCUAUCUUCUCCGUUUGAUAAAUGCUGCACUUAAUAAUGAGCUAUUUUUCACUAUAGCAAACCACACAAUGAAAGUGGUCGAUGUUGAUGGUGUUUAUGUCAAACCUUUUGAAACUGAUGCUGUUAUCAUAGCCUCAGGACAAUCCACAAAUGUUAUUCUCAAUACAAAAUCUGAGUACCCAAAUGCCACAUUCCUCAUGAUUAUUAGGCCAUUUUCACCAGGUCACCCCUUUGACAAUACCACAUCUGCAGGAAUCUUAGAAUAUGAAUUUCCUAACCCAAACCUUACAAUCCCAUGGCACAAACUUCAACUCAUGAAUCCAUCAGUCUUGCAUGACCAAAAUGACACUUCAUUCGCUACAAAAUUUAGCAACAAACUUCGUAGUUUAGCCAAUUCACAGUUCCCAACUAAUGUACCUAAAAAAAUUGAUAAACAUUUUCUCUUCACAGUUGGGCUUGGAACUAGUCCAUGCCAACAUAACAAAACAUGUCAAGGCCCAAAUGGGGCAAAAUUUGCUUCAUCAGUGAACAAUAUUUCUUUUGUACUUCCAACCACUACUUCACUCCUUCAAGCCCAUUUUUUAGGUCAAUCUAAAGGGGUUUAUAGUCCUGAUUUUCCUAGUGUUCCCCUUUUCCCAUUUAAUUAUACAGGAAAUCCACCAAAUAACACAAUGGUGGAAAUUGCAACAAAAGUUGUGGUUCUUCCAUUUAACACUAGUGUGGAGUUGGUGUUACAAGAUACAAAAAUUAUUCAUUCUGAAAGACACCCUUUUCAUCUCCAUGGAUAUAAUUUCUUUAUAGUUGGACAAGGGUUUGGAAAUUUUAAUCCAAAUGAAGACCCUAAAAACUUCAAUUUAUUUGACCCUGUGGGAAGAAACACUGUGUGUGUUCCUUCUGGUGGAUGGAUUGCUUUAAGAUUUGUAACAGAUAAUCCAGGUGUAUGGCUCAUGCAUUGUCACUUGGAGGACCAUGCAAGUUGGGGUAUGAUGAUGGCUUGGGUAGUCUUAGAUGGAAAGUUGCCUAAUCAAAAAUUACUUCCUCCACCAAAUGAUCUUCCCAAAUGUUAAAUUUUACUAUUUCUAAGAAUUUUGUGAUCCACUUUAAUUUAAUUUUUUUUUUUAAAAAAAAAAUUCAACAUUGUUUGAUGGGUUUUAUUUCAAUAGUUG